GAAGCCUCUGCGCGCCACGUGGGGGGAAGUGCGCUGCGAGGUAAAUAAAUGGAGGAGGCGGGCGCGUGAUACCGAGCGAUGGGGCAUGUUCCUGAUUGGCUCCGUGCUUCGCUCCUCCCUCUCCUAGUCUGAGCUCUGCCGUACUGGAACUGCAAGCGGCUGACCGCCGGUCAAUUUCAGAUCUGAUUUCUAUGCUGUGAGCCCGAGGAGCGGAAGAACGAUGGCGGGGCGGGGCAGGGGCGGCGGCCGCGGACAGAUGUCCUUCAAUAUUCAAGUGGUCGGCAUUGGGCGGGGCGAGACCUUGCCGCCGCCCACACUUCAGCCGUCUCCUUUGUUUCCUGCCUUGGAUUUUAAGCCAGUUCCCCUGCAGACGGGUGAGGAGGUGGAGUACAUGCUGGCACUGAAACAGGAGCUAAGAGGGGCAUUGAAGGGCUUACCAUACUACAUUAAACCGGCCGUAUCAAAGAGAGAUGUGGAACGUUACUCUGAUAAGUAUCAGACGUCUGGACCUGUUGACAAUGCCAUUGAUUGGCACCCUGACUGGAAACUGUUACCCCGCGAGCUGAAAAUUAAAGUACGAAAACUGCUGAAAGAAGAAAAGUCGGCGGCCGUCCUUCCCAAGCACAAGCAGAGGAUCCCGUUAGAUAAAGAGGAGAUUAUAAAGAAGUUGGAGAAUCUUGAGAAAAAAGAGGAGGAAGUGAGCUCUGAGGAGGAAGAGGAAAAGAAAGAGGAAGAGGAGGAUCAGGAGGAAGAGGAAGACUACGAUGAAGAGGAGCACGAGGAGGAGACCGACUACAUCAUGUCUUAUUUCGAUAACGGGGAGGAGUUUGGCGGUGACAGCGAUGAGAACAUGGAUGAAGCAACGUAUUGAUCCGCACACCUCCAUAGAGGAACGCCGCGACCCUUCAUUGUGUUCUGUGGGCAGAUCUCCACGUCAGAACAGGAGGAGCUACAGAGGAGCAAAGGAGGCAAUUUUAGAGGAUUUUAUAUUGUUGCUUUUACUUGAAACCAUCAGCCAUUGUAGAAGAGCGGGAGAGACCUUUACCUUUAUUAGCCAGAAAUGUCUCCUCUGAUUCUGGUUUCCCUUUUGUUACCGUCUGGGUUAAGCCCCGCCCACCUUCUACUCCCUGUCCAGUAAAAGGGCUUCAGAGGAUAUUUCACCUUUAGGCUCUCUUUCCACUAUUGCAACUCCAAUGUUAACCGUGAUUUUUUGCAGCGAUUUUGAUGCGACUUGAAGCCAUGCCUGUGUAUUCUUGAUGUCUAUGGACCUCAAGUUGCAUCAAAGUGGUACCGG